AGCGGGCCGGAGGGAGUGCGCGUGCGCGCAGGCGCCGAGGAGGCCCCGCCCCUCCUUCCCCGUAGCCCCGCCCCCUUCCCAGCACCCUUCGCGGCGGGCGGGCGCGGCGCUGCCUCCGUAAUGGCGGCGGGGGCCUGCGCCUGAGGCACCGCCCGGCCCGGCCCGGCCCGGCCCGGAACGGAACGGCCCCGCUCCACCAUGCACAGCCUGGCCACCGCCGCGCCCGUGCCAACAGCGCUGGCUCAGGUAGACCGCGAGAAGAUCUACCAGUGGAUCAAUGAGCUGUCCAGCCCCGAGACGAGGGAGAAUGCGCUGCUGGAGCUGAGCAAGAAGCGCGAGUCCGUGCCCGACCUGGCCCCCAUGCUGUGGCACUCGUUCGGCACGAUUGCAGCGCUCCUUCAGGAAAUCGUAAAUAUCUAUCCAUCCAUCAACCCUCCGACUUUGACAGCCCAUCAGUCCAACAGAGUCUGCAAUGCUUUAGCUCUGCUACAGUGUGUCGCAUCUCACCCUGAAACGAGGUCAGCUUUUUUGGCAGCUCACAUCCCUCUCUUCCUGUACCCCUUCUUGCACACAGUUAGCAAGACGCGUCCAUUUGAGUACCUGCGGCUCACGAGCCUCGGAGUGAUCGGGGCCUUGGUGAAAACCGAUGAGCAAGAAGUGAUAAAUUUCUUACUGACGACAGAAAUUAUCCCCCUGUGCUUACGCAUUAUGGAGUCUGGCAGUGAACUCUCUAAGACGGUUGCUACGUUUAUUCUUCAGAAAAUCCUCCUGGAUGACACAGGACUGGCAUACAUCUGUCAGACUUACGAGCGGUUUUCCCAUGUUGCCAUGAUACUGGGUAAGAUGGUCCUGCAGCUUUCCAAGGAGCCAUCGGCACGGCUGCUGAAACACGUCGUCCGCUGUUACCUUCGCCUUUCUGAUAACCCCAGAUGUAGGGCACGUGAAGCUCUCAGGCAGUGCCUUCCUGACCAACUGAAGGACACCACCUUCGCCCAGGUCCUGAAGGAUGACACCACCACCAAGCGCUGGCUGGCUCAGCUCGUCAAGAACCUGCAAGAGGGUCAAGUCACUGACCCGCGGGGCAUCCCCCUUCCUCCGCAAUGACUGCUGGGGGAGGUGAGGGUCCGGGGAAGAAACAGCUCAGGUUUACAAAGAACCAGGAACAGAUGACCUCUUCUGCAACAAACCGGGCACGCCGGCCGGCUUUCAGUCUGCCAGCUUGUCGGACCAUUCCAUCUGGCCAAAGGGCUGCUCUGUAGCAAUGCAGCAUGCCUCUGGAGAUCGCAACACCAGCAGAUGCUGAUACUACAGCUUAAAAAAAAAAAUCAAUAAAAAAAACCUAUCUGUAAAGAU